CGUGGCGUCACUGGCAGUCUGGCUUCUAGUUCGAAAUAAAAUGUCCGACAAGUUGAGUAUUCUAGACGUAUCCGUGGAGCUGAUCAGCGAGAUAUUCGAGCACCUUGAGUCGGCGGAGGACCGUCUCGAAGUGGUCGCGGUCCAUCCGAAGUUCGCCAAAGGCUUUGCCCGAUUCGCGGCCACCGCCCACCGCACGCUCAAGUGCGGCCAACUGCCGCUUUCGUACUGCUCGAAGGUGCUGCAGCUGGCGGGGGACUCGGUGAAGAGCCUGUCGCUGCAGGACCCGGCCAAUGUGGUGGCUCUGAUGAAGCUGGCCUCCGAUCACUGCCCCAAUCUGGAGGAGAUCUCAAUUCCCGUGCGCACCGAGUACUGGGCCGUCAUCCAGCCGCUUCUCUUGUCGAUGCAAAAGCUGAAACGCAUCGAUCUGCGCAAUGAUUUUCGUCCGCUCGAGGUGAUCGGUACUUUGCUGGAGUUUCCCCAGCUUGAGUUCCUGCUUCUGGUUGGAUUCCGCAACGAUAAUCUGAGUCGCAUCGAUGAGCUGCAGGGCCUGACGUCCUUGCAUGUCAUCAACAAUGAGCCGAUCGAUGUGUACUUGUUCUUCGCCCCCUUGAAGAACCUAACGGAGCUCGAAGUGAAGGUCGCCUACAUGAAUUGUCCGGUCCAGAUUGCCGGCGACGAGUAUUGGCCGAAAGUCAAGGAGCUGACCUUGACAUUUGGCAUUUUUCGCUCGGAAAUGCCGUAUCUGCCGAGCCUGUGGCAUCUUUCCAUCAGUCACGUGAUGCCGGAUAGGAAAAUAUCCCAAUUGUUCGCCAGCUCGGUGUCCCAGUACGCCCACACCUUGGGCUCCAUGGGCAUGGUCUACGAGACUCAGACCGCGGGCACCGCCGACGCCAAGAUCAUUUCGGAGCUGAAGUCCCUGCGUGUCCUGUACAUGCCGUAUGUGAAUAACGCCUUCAUUGGCGCCCUCAAGUCGGACUCGCUGGAGCGGCUGUUCAUCCGCGACUCGUGGAAUCUGACCAAUUCGGGGAUCCUCCGUUUGCUGCGCGGCUGCAAGAACUUGCGUCUCAUCGACUUCGGCGGCUGCAAGCGCAUCACAAAGCACCUGGUGGAGCCGGCCCUCAAGAUACUCAAGAAGAACGGCGUCCGGCCCGAUAAUCCAGUGGAGCUGAGAGUGAACGCCGAGUUCGGAGAUCACAUCUCUCACAUGGACCUUACAUUAAUGGUCAUCAGCAGGGGCACAGCUGAUGGGAAGCCUGACUGGAUCGGAGACAACUUGCCGAGGACAUCCGAGGACAACUGA